GUGACCCGCGCGAUAAGAAGGCGCGGGCGCGGCAAUACCUCCACGCGCCGCACCUCUCACAAGUCACACCACCGUCCCGUCCCGCGUUUCCUUCUCCUCCGCCGCCGCCCCGCCGCUUCCCUUCCCGGGACGUUUUCCCCUCCUCCUCGCGCCGCCGCCGCCGGGACCUUCUCUUCCUCUCCCGAAGAUGGUACGCCUGCCGCUUCCCUCUCUACUCCUCCCCCUCCUUUCGGCGCUGAAUCGUCGAUGCAGCGACUUCGAUUCCCCGACCGAACUGACUCGGCGUUCAUCCGGGAAUUUGCGGCAGUGUCGUGAUUAGGGUUAGCCUAAUUUGCCUGUAGGCGUGGAAUGUACUUGUUGGGCGCUUUGUCAGAGGAUUGUUGGAUGUUGAAACCGCCCUUCCUUUGGGGGGAGAUCAGUGCUGCUGCUGCUGAUUUCUUUUAGGGACGAGAGAACCGAAUACUCCUUGCCCGUAGGGUGUUCGGCGGAGUGACUUGCGCUUAUGUUUGUCUUUGCCUGUCAAUGUAUCUCCGGUGUGUCUCGGUGGGUGCAGGCCAACGCGGCGUCCGGGAUGGCCGUGGACGACGACUGCAAGCGCAGGUUCCUGGAGCUCAAGGCCAAGCGCACCUACCGCUUCGUCGUCUUCAGGAUCGACGAGGAGCAGAAGCAGGUCGUCGUCGAGAAGCUCGGCGAGCCCAACCUCACCUACGACGUCUUCGCCGCCAUCCUCCCCGCCGACGAGUGCAGAUACUGCAUCUACGACUUCGACUUCGUCACCGAGGAGGGAUGCCAGAAGAGCAAGAUCUUCUUCAUCGCGUGGUCCCCGGACACUGCAAAGAUCAGGAGCAAGAUGCUGUAUGCAAGCUCCAAGGACAGGUUCAAGAGGGAGCUUGAUGGUAUCCAGGUGGAGCUGCAGGCAACUGAUCCCACUGAGAUGGGCCUUGAUGUGAUCAGGGGCCGUGCUAAUUGAGUGUUCUGCUGCUGUUUCCUGCUGUGGAGGUACUACACAUCUUGUGGUUGCUUUAGGAAGUGAAGUGCUGUAGCUGCUGAAUAUCAGUGGGUUGGGAAGUUGUAGUCCGGGGUUUGUUAACUCUAGUUAGCUUGAUACUUGCCACCUAUGUUUCAGUUCGUCCGUCUUCGUCGUGUUGCUCAGUAGUCAGUUCAGUACAGAACUUGUGACAUUGUCUGCUCCUACCCUGAUUUCUCCAAACUAAUGAUAUGCAAGUCUACAGGUGUUGGACUUGUCAACAGCCUGCUCAUAUGAAUGCCAUGGAAGUUUGACCAAUGACA